AUGAUGUGUAAUACUUUAACAGUACGAGUACAUAAAACCGUUGAGGUGUUCGACUUCAUAUUUCCUGGUACAAAAUGGUGCGGUAAAGGGGACAGAGCGAAGAGCUACGAGGACCUGGGCUCAGCGCGCGAGACUGAUAUGUGCUGUCGGGAGCACGACCACUGCACUGACCUCAUACUCGCCGGGGAGACCAAGCACGGCCUCACCAACGACGCCUUCUACACCAGGUUGAACUGUAAAUGUGACGAGGCAUUCCGGCUGUGUCUGAAUAAAGCUAACACGAAGACGUCGCGCAGAAUCGGCAAGAUAUACUUCAACGCGCUCGGCACCAAGUGCUACAGACGAGACUACCCUGUCUUAGGCUGCAACACUUACGGAGGAUUAUUCAGAAAGAAAUGUUUGGAGUACGAUUACGACACGAGGAGCGAACAGAUCUACCAGUGGUUCGACGUCAGGAACUAUGCCAACUGAUGAUCUGGACACACUGAACACCUUCCCGGAUGCAGCCCAUAGUUAUUAUAAUAUUAAUGUGAUACCAUUGUUCCUAUAGUUUGUAAUUUUAGUUAAGAAUUAGGAAGUAUUUUAAAUUAACCAACUGAUUUGAUAAUAUCAUAUGUAGGUAAUUAAUAAAUAUUGUUUUUUUAAAGGAAGAUAUCAAUCAGCUGUAAACUAUUGUUUAACUUUGAUUUAAAAUAAUUUCCAUACAUUUCUUUAUUGUAGUGUAAUGCAAAAAUGUUGUAACCUCCGAUUCAUGACGUAAUUUAUUAAAAAAAAUAAUAGAAAUAAAUGAAAUUUAUUAAAACUUUCCUACGUUUUAUUCGAGAAAUUCACACGACAUUUUAGGCUCAGGAAUGCAAAUUUAAUGAAAAAGUCUACAAAAUACAUAUCAUUAUUAGCAACUUAAUGAACACUUAAAGCUUUGACUCCGGGCCUUAAAUAUCAUGAUGGGUGGCAUUCUAGUCUAUGGGACCUUGUCCCUUGACCUUGAAAAUAUGAAUAUAAAUUAAAAUAAGACAUGACUUGAAGGUCUCAGUUACCAGGUCAUAAAAUCCCUUAAAAAAAUGCCUCUAUUCUACAAGCGGCAAUAGCUAAUGUUCUAGAAUCAUGCUAACAUAGUAUAUAAAUUCUGACAUAUUAUUAUAUAACGUACCUCACUCACCACCACAAUUAAAUCAGAUUGAUUUAACUAACUAACGUUACUUACAAUAAUGAUAAUAUAAACUUCACACAGCUAACACAAAUGAGCAAGCAAUAAAUAUAAACAUCGAAUGUUAAUGACCUUAAGUUUGCCAAGGUGACAUUUCGUCCCAGCGAUUUUAAUUUAAACUACUUUUUCGUUUUAAACUCCUUCACUUACGUAUAGUUUAUAUGUAUGUUAAAUUAAAUCACAUUUUGUAUACUUAGAUUUUCAUUUUAUUCAUCUAUCUUCAGAGUAUAAUUAAAUUAUUUAAAUUCUCAAAGUAAUCUCAGUUAAUUGUUAACAUCCUUUUUUCCUCAUUGAUCAAACAAAUAUUAAAAAAUUACUUAAUUCUUUUUUAAACAAUAACACAAUCGAUUCUACAAUAAAAUAAGUUCUUUUUAAUUAUUUAUAUAUUUCUUAUACAACACAUAAAAUAAUAUUGAGUUAUAAUUUAUUCUUUUCUCUUAAUAGCCUAGUCAACGAGUGCCAUUUGGACCAACUUUUUUCAGCAGUCUU